UUCGGCUUGGCCAAGCCUUCCACCAUCGCAAUAGACGGCCCCGUAGCAUCAGGGAAAACGGCCGUGGGCGGCCUCUUGGCGCUUCGACUCGCGUAUCGCUUUAUCGAUACCGGAGUAAUGUACCGGGCCGUCACCUGGGCAGCUCUCAGGGACGGAGUGAGCCCUGAGGAUGAAACAGAGGUGACCGCUCUGGCGAACCGUAUUCAGAUAGAGGUGGCCUACAGCGACACUCUUGGCGGGCCGAGGAUCAUGGUGGACGGACGCGAGGUCGCAGGAGAGCUGAGGAGCAGGGACGUGGACGGGUGGGUAUCACUGGUGUCGAGCUACAGUGGGGUCAGGCGGGCGAUGGUGGCCCGCCAGCGCGAUAUGGCGAGGGAGGGUCGGAUUGUCAUGGUGGGAAGAGACAUAGGGACGGUGGUGCUGCCGGACGCAGACCUCAAGGUAUUCCUGACCGCCUCCCGCAGAGGAGCGCGCCCGGCGUCGCUAUAG